UGUCAAUCUCUAGCUCAGGUGUACAAGAGAACAAGAGAGUCUGAACCGAAAGUACAUAAAACAGAACGGUUCUCUAUGUGACUCGAAGGCAUCCGACCAUUUGUUCUGCGCCAUGGCUCCCUACACAUCCCACGUACCGUACAGCGUCUCUUUGCUUUUAUACCACCGUCAACACUCCGAGUAAUCGAAUAUAUCGGGUUUCUACGAAAGGUAACGGUACCAGCUGUAAACAAAAGAUUCUUCGCUUAACCUGAUGAGUAAAGAAUCUGCCAAUAUACACAUCCGAGACCUGACACGUCUGUUCGAUUGAUAAGCCGCACACAAUGUAGCAAGCGUUGGAUAUCAGCGGUACCCGCUGUUGACCAAUGGGAAUGCCCGUUUCCGCGCUCAACAUCGAACUAGGUCAUUCACACUAAACUUGGGGACGACACAGCGUGCCUCUGAUCUUUGUAUCUGCUGUUGUUCGUCUCUGACAAUCCUACACACCCCAGUAUUCUCCACUGCACGGGGUAGACCGGGAUCUCUUGUUACACCCUUCUCAGUAGAGCACAGAAGCACCCCCAACUCGGGAACUUUGAGCUGUCGCCAAUGGGCACAUCAUUGCAGCGAGCAUUUGCCGUCAACGGAGUGUUUUGACUGCUGAACAGAACAGCGAUAUUUGAUGAGAAGCCACAAAUAGCGACGUGGACAUUCCAGAUGGCAGCCUGGCACUAUUGGCAAGAGUUGCCAGGGCGCUUUUGCUCCUGUGCAAGUUGUUCCAGUUUCCGCAGUGUUGUAGCGUUUCUCCCCGCGAGUGACCAUCUGUGAAUUGGUCGUUUCUUGAGCGAGAUUGGCGUCGUCUGGUCGGCAUUUUCGGCUGUUCAGUCUGUCCUGCGUUCCCGCGCUUCGCUCCGUUGGUCUCAGUUCUGUUUCCUUGCCUCGUUUGCCGUCGCAGAAGCUCCGAACCGGAAACUCCUCCUUCCAGAUGCCUCGUUUUUUCCAGGAAGGCGUCGCGGUGCGAAUGGGUGUGUCUGGAAAGCGCCGCGCCGACUGGCUGCCCGAGGUGUCGAUACACCGCAGGUUCGAGAAUCUGGCCACACAGCGAACUGGCAUUCAAGACAGCGUAAACGCUUGGUCACUUCUUUUCUUGCGGCACUCGAGACAGGAGAGGAGGGGCAGCUGCCAGGGGUGGGUUAACACUCGAGAUCGUCGCAGCGCCAAGCGAGGGUGCAGUGCGUGUGUGUGUCGUGCGCAAAAGGAUCGCGAGAGCUGCCGUGCUCGGACGAUUUCUUCGAGGAAAAGGAACUCCAGCUGGUUCGCCUUCGGCUUCUCUCCGUGGAACGAGCGCUCAGUGCGCAUCUUCUUGGCUUCCUGCGAAAGUUUCCCCUCGCUCCGCCCGCGGUACGUUUCUGUCUUUUGCCGUUUUCCCUCGAGAAAGCCGGAUGUCCACAGGCUCGCGCUGCGCAUUCUGCGGCCCGGCUGCCUGGACGUCGCCGCCUCUCCCUCCCCCUUCCCUCUCCUGAAAACUUUCUGUCCCCGUCCAUAAUAGCCGUUUCCUCUCUUCAGCUCCGACGAAAGCGGCGAACGCGAGAGGGAGAGAGUUUUCUGCGGGACCGUUCGACGCGUGCACUUUCCUCGGCCUCUCAUUCGCGCACUCGCCCCCGUUUCUUCAGACCCCUCUUCCUUGUCUCUCUCCUUUUCUUUCUUCUUGCCUUCCAGACUCUCUCAAGACUCCUCGUCUCCUCUGCACUUUCUCCGCUCGUCACUCGACUCGUUGACUCCUGCUGUGGCGGGCGUUUUGCUUCUGCCGCCCCGCUGUGCGCUUUUUACGGCCCAUGAGGGCCUCAGGAAGACCAAGACGCAUGCUUCGUGUUGCGCGGUCGCGCCCUCUGAUGUAAACGGACAGAAAAACUCUCGAGAAGUCUCGCGCUCAACUGUCUCGGCACCAGGCACGGCCAGCCUGCAUCCAAGCUCCUCCUCGAUGCAACGUCUGGACCUCCUCGAGACACAUCUUCGUUUCCGACGCGCUGCAGCUUCCGCCCCCAUGCGCAUGCAAAUUCGUAUAAAUUCUUCUGCGUUCGAAUCUGUGGACUCCUUCGCAUACAAAGACUCUGCUUCGCAGAACACUCGCAACCUCUGCAGGAAGCCCCGCUGCACCGCCUCCCCCUUGUAUAGAUACGCGCUCAAGGAACAGAAGCUGUUCUUCACUCGGUCUGCUUCUGAAUCCUGCGCGCAACUCUCGGGAGCAUAGCCAUCCGCGUCUACGCGUGCGCAUUCGUCUCGCGCAUCCCGGGAGGCGCGGAGGAUUCGGACUCGCAACGCCUCUGUUUCUCGUCAGAAGCGAAAACUAAGUCGGCGCAUACGCCUUGUUCGGCCUUCCUCUUUCAAGCCUUCUUGUUCCCUCUGUGUCACCACGUCUCGCAAUUCUCUGGGGAAUUCCAGCCCCGGGCGUCCCUGCUGACUUUCUUUUUUUUCCGUCUGGUGUCUCGCGAGAACAAGUCCCUGCUGCGACGGCUUCACGUUCUGCGCGGAUCUCUCCGCUCCCGUCUGCCCCCGUUUUCCGCUUCCGAGCAGCCACUGCCUUCUUCGAGUCUCUCCCUCAUCAACCUAAAGCGCCUCCAUGCAACAUAAAUCCGAAACUCGAAAACCGCUUCAACUUCAUCGACGCACAUACUCAUCUGCAUCUCCACUCGCGUCUAUCUCUUUGUACGUUUAUCUAGGGCAGUCUGUGCUGUUGGCUGUGCGAGCGCAUGCAUGCACAUGUCUUUGUGCCUCUGAGCACGAGACUCUUUGAUUUUCUGGACACAAGUUUCUGAUGUCGAGCGAUGCAGUGAUAGACAGGGAGCAGAGAAUCUCCAUUCGUCCGCAGCAGCUUCUGUCUCCGAUUCCCUCGCGUCGCAAAACGUAGCGUCUUGGCCAGUCCUUGGUUCUGUUUAGACUCUCUGUUGGCUGCCGUAGGUCUCCCGCGUCGUCCCCAGCUGUCUAAACACCCCAGACGUCUCUCGCCUUCGCUGUCGCCGUUCCGCGCUUCGUGGGCAUCUUUCCGCUGCGGGCCGUCGCGUCUUUGUUUUCCAGAGGGCCUUGCGCGCCGCUUUUUUGUUGCCUCGCUGUUUCUGGGAGUGGGCUGCUGUGCUGCGGUCGAUGCGCUUUCUCGGGAGGCAGUUCGGCGUGUCUCCGAAAACUUCUUUCUGUGUCAUCAACACUGACGGAACUGCGGAUCCACUUGUGCCAUUCGUGGAUUCUCAGCCACCUUCUGUUUCUCGCAGCCCAAGAGCAGACGCGAGACCAGCGCUGGUUCUGUCUCUGCGAUCUCUGCAGACUCGCGGUGUUUAAGCUCAGGAGUUGUGGGGGGAAAAGAGUGAAGUGAACAAGACAAUGAAGGCCAGUUUGCGAGGCAGAGUCGACUUUUCGUCGAACUGACACACUGUUUUUUUUCGCGCCUCGUCCCGAAAUCCUUCUCCGUACAAGCCCGGCUUUCGUUUCGACUCUCCCCUUCUUUGACUUCUUGACUUUCUCUGCGAACUUCCCUCCUGACUCGCCCAAUCCGCUUUUUCCCUCUCUUCCCCAAGCUGUUCUUUCUCCCUUGUUCUCGCUCUUGUUCUCUUCGUCGGCCGUUGGACCUUCGUUCUGCGUGACUUGCCUGGGGUCUCUGCCGGGUGUUUGCUCUCGUCCGGCGACUGUUCUCUCUUCGUCGUUCUGUUCCCUCGCCUUUCUCCCUCCCGUCGCUGCGCGUGUACGUUUCUCUUCUCGCGCAAUGAUGGACGAUGCGGCGCAAGUCCAGCAGCUGGAGCUGCUGUGUCAGGCGUUCUACGGCGGAGGUAGCAAGUCGGAGCAGAACGAGGCACACCAGGUGCUUCUGCCGCUCGCGAGCAAUCCAGCGAACGUUCCGCGUCUGCAGAUCAUUUUAGCGAAGUCGAACAAUCUCCAGGCGUUGCUCUUUGCCACGGCAGGCCUGACGAACCUGUUCACGAAGCACUGGUCGCAGAUUCCGGAUCCCCUCAAGCAAGACACGCGUCACUUCGUCCUCAACUACCUCUACCAGAGAGGCGCCGACCUUCUCCACAAUGCGCCGGAAAUCCUGGGACAUUUCGUUCGCCUCCUCUGCAGAGUCGUCAAACUUUCUUGGCUGGAGAGCGUCAGCAACCAGAAGAUCGUGGAGCAAGUGAACCAGUUUUUGACGGCUUCGACUGCGCACUGGGUGGUGGGGUUGUCGAUUUACACCGAGUUGACGCAGGAGAUGCAGCCGCAGAUGGGCCGUCAGAUGGCGCGACUGCGUCGGACGGCGUUCUCCUUUCGAGACACUGCGCUUCUGGACAUUUUCAAGGUGGCUGUCCAGACACUGCAGCAGUUUCACUCGGGGGCGAUUCGCGUCCCGAACCAGCAAGAGGAGGCGCAGCUGUUGAAGCAGGUGCUCCAGCUGACACACAACUGUCUCUCCUUCGACUUCCUCGGCACAGUCCCCGACGACGCGACCGACGAGCAAACGACUGUGAUGCUUCCCCAGAGCUGGACCAUGCUCAAGGACGAGAGCUUCCCGAAGACGCUCUUCGAGCUCUACGAGCUGUGCUGGACGAGUCGGGAAGGCCUCCUCGCGACCACGGCGUCGGCGAGUCUCGGCGCCGCCGAGGAGAACGCCGGGGGCGGUAACGGAGGCGCAGAGAUGGCGGGAGAAGCUGGAGCUCCAUCUGGAGCGUUUCCGGUGCACACACCCCCUCAGCUGCGCGUCGACUGCGCGCAGCUCUGUCUCGCGAGCUUGGUGCUUGUGGCCGCGCUUCGUCGGUCGUUCUUCUCGCGCGACCAGGAGCGCGCCGAUUGCCUCAGCCAGCUGAUUCUCGGGACGUCGCGGAUCAUCGACAAGAACCUCGGCCUCCACAACGACAUGUGCUACCACGAGUUCUGUCGCCUCUUGGGGAAGAUCAACGCGGCGAACCAGCUGAGUGAACUGUGCACCUCCAAAGCUUUUGCAGACUGGACUGCGAAACUCUUCCACUUCACCAUGGCCUCCCUCGAAGACUGGGCCAGACUCCCGAACAGCAAGCAUUACCUCCUCGGGGUCUGGGCGCACAUGGUCUCGCCGCUACUCUUCUUCAGAAACACCGUCCCGCGGCAACUCGACGUGUACAUCCAGCGCAUCACCACCGCGUUCAUCGUCAGUCGCAUGCAACUCGCCGAAGCGGUGGCCUCGCAACCAGACGAUCUCGAUUUAGAGAAUCCUCUCCACAACGAAGUUCUGCGGGCAGAGCAGCUGGACGUUCUGACGCAGCUGGGCCGGUGUCGCUACGGCGAAACAGCGACGAAGGUCUUGGAGCUUUUUCACGAGACGCGAGCGGCUGCCGAGCAGAAGGCGAUUUCUCGGGAGGUCUUCCAGCAAAAGAUCACUUGGCUUGUCUAUAUCGUCGGGGCUCUCAUCGGAGGCCACUGGACUGGACGCGUCCCCAUGGCUUCCGCCGACGACGACGGACAGGGACCGUCACACGUGGUGAACGCGGAGCUGGCCAAACUCGUUUUCAAGCUGAUGGACGAAACAAACAAAUUCACAGACACCCCUGAGAGCCUCGAACUGGGCUAUCUCUACUUCCUCGAACAAUUCCGGAAGGUGUACAUCGGCGAACAUGCCAAGCAAGUCGUCAACAUGCAGAGCCCCGACCGCUUUGCUGCAGUUCUCGGUGCGUCGAACGACGAUGAAGUUCUGGGUUUGCUAGUCACGAAGAUCGGUUUUAAUCUGCAGCAGAGAGCAGAUAUGGAAGAUGUGAUUAAGCGGACGUUGUCGCUUUUUCACGAACUUGCAUCGGGAAUGAACAUCGUCCACUGUACAGACAGGUCGCCGCACCUCAUCAUUUCGGGCCGACUUCUCCUCAACAACUCGACUGCGAAUUACCUUCUUCAACACCACCGCAACGAAGAAUUCAAGUUCCUUCAUGUCAGAGGAUACGGGAAGUAUCGAACCACGUACUACUUUACGUUGGCGAAGCUUUUGUUUUUGAGGAUUGGAAGCAGUGGACAAGGUCGAGGAACGGCUUCCGAGCAAUUCGAGACCUUUAUGACGCCGCUGAGUGCUGUCUUUGACCAGCUGUGGCAACGCACCGCUGACGGCACAAACAUUCAGGAGCUCGCGAAUCCCCAGUGUCGCGAGCCCCUCAUCGGCCUUGUACGAGAUCUCAGGGGCAUCUGCAUGGCGUGCAAUACCACCGAGUCGUACUCGACGAUGUUUUCGUGGCUGAUCAACCACCCGAAGCAGCCGGGGAAGUCGAGGAUUCAUCUGUUCACCUGGGCGGCAGGAAUUUGGUGGGAAGACCCAGAGGUCGUUAUUCCACUUCUCAAGUUCACCGCAGAGUUCGUUCACAACCGCAGUCAACGAAUUUCUUUCGACCAAGCGUCUGCAAACGGCAUUCUCCUCUUCAAGGAAGUCUCCUCUAUUCUCGUCUCCUAUGGGAAACGGAUAUUAGAAAAGCAAGACUUCCGAGACAUGUACAAAGAGAAGUACAAGGCCUUGGCCGUCGCGCUUGAGAUGUUCAGUCACGCGUUGAACGGGAACUACGUGAACUUUGGAGUCUUCGAUGUUUACGGAGAUGGAACUCUUAACGACUCUCUCAAGCUCUCUCUCUCUAUGUGUCUCGCGAUUCCUGACGAAGAUCUUCAGGCGUAUAUUCGGUCGCUGAAGGCGUACUACUCGUUCCUGGACCUCGCAACGAAAAAUUUCAUGCCUCAGGUGCUCGAGUUGUCUCCACCCAUGCUGGCCCAGCUGAUGCGCGCAGUCGAGGAGGGUCUUUGCUCCUUCGAGCCUGGAGUGGCAAUGCAGUGUUGUUCCACCAUCGACAACUUCGUCACCUUUUUCUACCAGCACUUGAACAGUCCCGAUGCGGAAGGACAGGCCGUCCGCGUUUUCCUCGAGUCGCAGCCGCAGUCUCUCAAGCGAAUUCUGCAACUCAUGUUCCAGCUUGUCAUUACAGGAGAGUUCACAAGUGUGUGGAGCAUGUCGAGGCCUUUGCUCGGACUCAUCCUUUUGCAAGAACAAGAAUUCCUCACCAUUAAGCAGCAGUUGCUUGAGCAACAAAGCAAAGAAAAGAAAAGCAAAUUGGAAGGAUUCUUCGGGGACCUCAUGUCGGAUGUCGAUUCGAGUUUGGAAAAUAAAAACAAGGAUCAGUUUACUCGAAAUCUGUACCAGUUUUCGUCGCAUGUGCGCCAGUGUUUGGCGUAAUCAAAAGAGUUUUCUUAAGUUGCGCCAUUUUCUUGGCGCGACACAGUGUGGAGAAGAAGCGAAUGCGGGAGAAGCAGCAGGGAUGGAUGUGUGACAGGCAUUCGAAGGGGAACCGCGGGAGGGUGGCGACCGCUGAUAAGGAAACCUGAGGAGACAGAAGGUGGAAUGAGAAGCGGCAGAAAUGUCAGACUCGUGAAAUGGCGCGAACUUCAAGAGAACGAAGUCGAGAGAGAAGCAAAGGGCAGGAACGCUUCUAAAAAUCGUUCAUAAUGGAGGCGAACCAGCAACGCGUUCGCCUCCAACGCAGAGUGUCUCUCGAUUUGUGGGGAUUUCAGAGCUGGUGUGUUUUUUUUUUCUUCGCUGAUGCCGAGAGCGACGCUCCUGUCUCCUUUGCAAGUGCGAGUAAUGCGCGCGAACUGCAAGCGCAAACGUCUCUGCAGCUGAAGCUUCUGCAGAGACAUUUCUGUCUUUCUUCUCGGUUUCUUUCCAACCUGUCGAGGGCUUCCCCACCGGCGCCGCAAUGCGUUUUCGGGGGGAGGGCGCGGUUGUGUGUGAAUGUUCUUUCUCUGAGCUAGGUUUUUGCGGGAGAGACAGGCUCAGGCAAAGGAGGUGGUGAAACAAUUUCUGUAUUCGUUUUCCAGAGAAACCUUGGCGCACGCGAGCUUUCCGAACUCCCAUGGUCAAAGAAAACUGUUUCUUCCUCGAAUUCUAGACUUUUUCGACUUUCUCUCAGUCUUCUCCCGUGUGUCUGAGCAGUUUUCAGCGCGUUGUUGUUUCUGAAGGCGUUUCCGAUUCGUAAAACAGUCUUUCUGCAAGGUGGAAGAGGUGCAGGAGAUUUACUUCAGAAGUCGAAGCGUCACGCAUGCAGAG